CUGAUAACAGGCAACUGAGACAUUAAACAAAGAAACAUCUGAAACAGUUGCAAGGAUGAGGUUAUAAACAAUGCCAUUGUAACAAAGAAAGCUGGGGAAGUCUGGAGGUGAACAAGGAUGACCCCUAUUCAGAGAACAAAGAACCAUUAUUUUCCAUCUGAAGAAUGCGUUUUCCAGCCUAUCAGACUGUUCAUUCAGCCUAGAUCUAGGCAGUCAAUGUCUCAGAUUCUUUGUUCUGCUGAAUGUUGCUUCUUUGUUCCUGUCUUGCCAGUCACGGAACUUGCCGAGAGCUGAGACAGAGCUGAAGAAAGCAGAGGCUGUGGGGGAUAGACACUGCAAUCGGGAUUUCCAAUAGACUAAAUGAGAGAUAGAUGAUGCUGG